AUGGAAGAGCUGACACGGUAUAAGGAAGCAUCUGUGCCAGGAAACCUAUCCGAGGAGGAAAAAAUGUUUCUCUUCUGUUUCCCCUUGCAGAAAUAUAAGCUGGAAAAGAGCAUCAGAGAGCUGCACGCUAUUGCCGACCAAGUGGAUGCGACCCAUAAGAUGCUCGCCAAGACCAGCCUGGUGGCCGGCGCCUCAGACGCCCUCUCUGGCGUCUUAAGCAUCUUGGGUUUGGCCCUCGUACCCGUGACAGUAGGGGGGAGUCUGAUGCUCUCAGCGGUGGGGCUGGGCCUGGGGGCAGUCGCUGCUGUCACCAACAUGUUGACGAGUGUCUUAGAAAAUAGAAGCAAUAUGGCAGCCAGAGAAAGAGCCAGCAGACUGGUGCCUAUGGAAACAACGACGGAGUACAAAGCUUUUGAAGAAAUAAGGCUGUCUGAAAUCAGUGUUGUGUGCGUUGAUAGGUGUGUCAGACUCAUCAAGAAGGUCAAGGGACUUUGUGCCUCCCAGAUGGCCAAAGCCAACUCUGGCUUCAUGGCUAUAGGUCAUACGGCUGUAAGCCGUCUCCCCUUCUGGAGGGCCAGAGGGCUGCAGAGAGCAGCUGAAGGCUCAGUCCUGUCCAUGAGCAAAGGUGUCCGGGUGCUGGGUGCUGCUGGGGCUGGCUUGUCACUUUUGCAAGACGUGCAAAGCCUCCUGCAGAGCUGGAAGCACCUGGAGGAGGGGGCGAGGGCAGAGACAGCCGAGGCACUGAGGACACUCGCCAAGGAGCCGGAGCAGGAGCUGAGGCAGCUCACCCGGCACCACAAGCUGACCAUCCAGGGGCGGGGCUGCCGGAGAAGCCCGUUCCUGAAGGAGGAGGUAGGAAGGGGGUGCGGAAGGCAGACGUGGUCCCCGUCUUCCUAG